UGUUUAUAAAAAUGCUUAAAGAAUUACACGUAUAGGUUAUAAUCUUAAAUAACGAUUAUAUAAUAAAUCAUAAAUCAAUGAUUAUACCUAUUGAUACUUCUAUCUAUUAGUUUCUGUUUAUAAUAACUAUUAGUUAAUUAAAAAUAUGUUAACUUUCAACUGUACAUGCGUAAAUGGGAGUAAACAAUUUACUCGUGUAUCUUUCACAGACAUGCUUUUUCUAAAACGGUUAAAACAUCGUACUUCUGCAAAAUCUGUGAAGCAACUAUAUCAAACACUUGGAGUAAAUGAAGAUUGCGAAGAUGAAACGCUUAGGCUUGCCUUUAUACAUCUAGCCAAACAGUUCCAUCCAGACAGUGGAGCAUCAGAAGCUGAUGCAGUUAGAUUUGCAGAAGUUGAAAGUGCCUAUAGAGAAAUACGAAAAUUACGCAAUGAUGGGAAAGAAAGUAAUUCUCAAUUAUUACCGGAUGUUGAAGAAUUUGACAUUAAGCAUACAGCACCACAACAUCGUCAUUAUUUAAACUAUGACGUUGGUAUAGGAACACUAAGUAAACGACAAAGGUUACACACUAUUGAAAGAGCACAAAAAGCUGUUGAAAAUGUUAUGGAACAUAGAUUAAAAAAAUUACAAGCAGAAGAACGUAAUACAUUAAUUGGAAUGGAUAAAAAACGUGCUCAAGACAUUAAGACACGUUAUGGUAUGGAUCGAUUGGUAGAAGAUUUGAUUCAAGAGGCAAUGAAUAAAGGUGAAUUCAGCGAUCUUCCAGGCAUUGGGAAACCUUUAAAAAAUAUCAACAGACAAAACCCGUAUGUUGAUUUCACUACCCACAAAUUAAAUCAGGUACUGAUAGAAAACGGAUUUACUCCAGAAUGGAUACAGCUUUCAAAGGAGAUCAGAGAAGAAACAAAAGAAUUACAAAAAUUAUUAACAGAAGCGCGCAAUGAAUUAGGUUUAAUUCCAUUGAAUUUAGAAGAAAGAGAAAGUUGGACAAAUACUAUCGAAAAUUUUAAACCGUUCAUUAAAAAUUUAAACAACAAAAUUGAUAAAUAUAAUUUACUUGUACCUAUACUUCAAAAACAAAUGCUUCACGUUAAUAUAGAAACUCUAGCGGAACAAGUAUUAUCCAAAGAACCAAUUAGAUCAGCAAACAAAAAGAAAUCAGUAAAAAAAGAUAUAAACAAUACUUUUAAUAACGAUAAUAAUCUUGACAUUUUCAACUUAUUUCAAACAAUCUUUAGAAAAAAGAUCACUUGAAGAUAAAAUAUUUAAUAUAUAAAAUAUAUAAAAAAUGUUAAUGUUUACCAAACAUUUAGAAUAUAUAGUUAGUGAUUAAAAAAUAGAAAUGCAUAUCUACUUGUAUAGUUUAUAUAAAACUUAUGAAAAAAAAAAAAGAUUUGAAAAGAUAAUUUCUUACUUUGUAAAUAUAAAAAAUAUCUAAAUUUUAUAUUUAUUCAUAAAAAUAUAAGAUUUGUACAUAUGAUUCAAUAGUUCCAUUGGAUUUUACCAUCAUCCUUUAAUUGUAUACGUCCCGUGGCUAAAUAUUUUAAUGCACGGGGAAAGGCCUUAUGCUCCACUUCUUUCACACGUUCUUGAAGUAUAUUUUCAGUAUCAUUUGGUAAAACAGGUACCGACUCUUGUUCUAUAAUAGCUCCAGAAUCAAUAUCAACCUACGGUAAAUAAUGUAAAAUAAUUAUAUUAUAUAUAAUACAUAUUACAUAUAAAAUAUAUAUUUUUUUAGUAUUAUAACUACAUGAUAUCUACUGUAUAUAAAUACAAUGUAUAAAUAUUAUGUAUAAAUAAUAUAGUAAAAUUAUUUAAAUAUUAAAUAUAUAUUAUUAAUGAAUAUAUUAACAAUUGUUACCGCAACAAAAUGAACAGUGCAUCCUGAAAUGCGUACGCCAGCUGCUAAAACAUCUUUAUGCGCUUGUGCCCCUUUAAAAGAAGGUAAUAAAGAAGGAUGCACAUUGAUUAAAGCACCUUUCCAUCUAUUUACAAAUUGUGCAGACAAAAUUCUCAUAAAACCAGCAAGACAUACAAUCUCUACUCCGGCUGCAUCAAGUUCAAUAGUCAUUGCUGAAUCAAAAGCUUCUCGACUUGGAUAUUGAUUAUGUUGAAUAACCUAAAUUUAAAAAUAAUGAAAUAAUUUCAUAGAAGUAUUAUAUAUAGCAUGUGACAUUGAAGUAUAUUAAUUAUACGAAUACUAAUAUAUCAAUUUCAAUUUCUA